UAGUCAGUGGGACUGGGAACUGAGUGAGAGAUAAUAAGGAAGGAAGGGUAGCUGGCAAGGUACCAGACACUGGCUUUGGACUCAUCGGCAACAGGAGGGAGAAGGCAGCAGUGGACAAUGACCUCCAUGGCGCUAUUCCUGGGGAUGGCCCUCCUGGCCCACCUCUCAAGCCAUCUGAACGCUGACCCCACGUUGGAAGGACCUGUCAAAAUGAUUGGCCCCUGGAAAGGGAAUGUCAACGUCGCCUGCACCUACGGGCCCAUAGAAGGUUACACCCAAGUCCUGGUGAAGUGGCUGGUCCAGCAGGACAAUGAGGCCGUCACCAUCUUUUUGCGGGAUUUCUCUGGGGACCACAUACAACAGGCCAAGUACCGAGGCCGCCUGCAGGUGACCAGAGAGCCCCCUGGUGAUGUGUCCCUGCUCCUGGAAACCUUGGAGAUGGAUGACAGGGGUCGCUACCGAUGCCAGGUAACCUGGAAGGACCCUGAUGGUAGACAACUGGUGAAAGAGCGCAUGACAGAACUUCAAAUCCAGAAACUUCCUGCCUCCAAGCCCCUGGUGACCACAGGCUCUGGCUAUGGUUUCAAGGUGCCCCACGGCAUGAGAAUCAGUCUUUUGUGCCAGGCCCAAGGCUCUCCACCUAUCACCUACAAGUGGUACAAGGGGAAGCCGGACGGGACUCCGACCCAGGUGACUUCUCUCGGCACCCUCCUCUUUAAGCCUGCCCAGGUCUCUGACUCUGGGACGUACUUCUGCAUUGCCAAGGCUCGUGUUGGUUCUGAGCAGAUGAGUGACCUUGUCCACUUUGUGGUCACAGACUCUUCCAAGAGGCCUACAUCAGCGAUGCUGCCUGAGGAAUUAACAACCAGCACACCCCGCCCUGAAGUAAUACACCAGUCAACCACAGUGACCCCAGCUAGAGACCAGACAUCAGCAACAGACAGCUUCUUGGGGGCAAGCACCAUUGGACCAGCAACGCAUGGUGCUACUGCAGAGACGUCAUCUAGGGAGCAGACAACCAUGGAGGCUGGCCAUGCUGGGGCGAGCAGUGACAGGCCAGGCUCACCUAUAGAUGCUGAAUCGAGGGACCAGGGAAAUGCUAACAAAAGAGCAGGUGGACAAGGCCUGCCCCUCUAUGCCAUCGUCCUUAUCGCCUUACUCUGCAUCAUACUGGUCUUUGCCAUGAUCUUUGGGCUCUGCCGGAGGAAAUCACAAGGUGAGCACGCCUAUGAAGUGGCCAGGAUGAGUACAGGAGGUGGCCCCAGGAUUGCCAUCUACUCUGGGGGCACAGCAGAGGCAGAAGCUGAGACCAGGGCACUUGACAAUGAGUACCACAAUGACCCUGCCAGCACCCAGGAUUACCAGAUCAUCACCCAGGCCAACAGUGACUACGCCCGGCUGCUGUGUGGGAGUAGCUCGGCCGAAUUAGAGAUGCAAGAGAAUGGAAAACCGAGCUGCUGAGGACAAAGGGGCUGAGUGAGGAGCCAGAGGGCCAUGCCACUGGUCUGGCAUGGCCUGCCUUCCUUUCCUCUCUCUCAGAGAUAGGAAGGGUCCUCCCCAACCCACUCUGUCCAUACCCCUGUUACAUCCCAUCCCAUCUGCUCCCAUCCCAUACCAUCCUAUCCCUUCCUGUCCCCUCCCAUACAGUCCCCUCCCAUCUCCUGACACAGACCCCUUGGUUCCUGGCCAAUGGGACAUGGUGUUUCUGAGAAAAUUGACUUUAUCUUGGAAAGUUGCAUAUAUAUAUAUAUAUAUAUAUAUAUAGGGACUUUCUAUAUUUCUUUGGGCCUAGAAGAGUGUUGAAUUCAGGUGACUAGGACACUGGGUGGAGAUGAGCUCUGUGUCCACUGCCCAGAACAUUGUUGGUGCUCAAUAAAGGUUUGCUAAUAAGAGA